AUGCAAUUGCCAUCUCUUUCUUCUGUUGCUAUCUCUUUACUGGUGGCUGCUAACGCUGCUACUUUGGUCCAGGCCAAGGUCAAGGUCUUGUCUUGGGAUGACGCUUACAAAAAGGCCGAUGCUUUGGUUGGCAAAAUGUCCCUUGAACAAAAGGUGAACAUUACUACUGGAACAGGAUGGAUGGCUGGUCGCUGUGUUGGUAACACAUACGCUAUCAGCAAUCCUGACUUUCCCUCUUUAUGUCUCGAAGAUGCGCCCUUAGGUAUGCGUUUUGCUAGUAAUGUGACAUCAGGCGUGUCAGGCAUUAAUGCUGCUGCUUCCUGGGACAGGAAGGCCAUCUAUGAACGUGGUGUAUACAUGGGACAGGAGUUUCACGGAAAAGGUGUUCAUAUUCAAUUAGGCCCAGCCAUGAAUUUCAUGAGAAGUGCCGAAGGUGGUCGUGGUUGGGAGAGCGGUGGUGAAGAUCCAUACCUCCAAGGUGUUACUGCAGCCGAAACCAUCAAGGGUAUCCAAGAGCAAGGUGUCAUUGCUACUGCAAAGCACUUUAUCUUGAACGAUCAAGAACUCAACAGAAAGACUGGCUCCUCUGACGCAGAUCAAAGAACCUUGCACGAAAUAUAUCUCUGGCCAUUUGCGCGUUCUGUCGAGGCUGGUGUUGGCUCCAUCAUGUGUAGUUACAACAGAUUAAACGGCACUUUUGCCUGUGAAGACGACUACACCAUGAACACUGUGCUGAAGGGUGAGCUUGGAUUUAAGGGUUUUGUUCAAUCGGAUUGGGCGGCCACCAUGUCAACGUCUCCGUCUGUCAAUGCAGGCCUUGAUAUGACUAUGCCUGGUGAUAUCACCUUCCAAUCUGGCGAUUCUUACUUUGGUCCCAAUUUGACCAAAGCUGUCAACAACCAUGAGGUCAAGGAAGAGCGUGUUACUGACAUGGCUACGCGUAUUGUCGCUGCUUGGUACAAGAUGGGUCAAGAUAAGGGAUUCCCCGAGACUAGUAUCAAUGCAUUCCAUAGAGACCAGGAAGAUUAUGUCAAUGUGCAAGCUGACCACAAGAAGCUCGUUCGUGAAAUGGGUGCUGCUUCUAACGUCCUUCUCAAGAACUCUGGCAUUCUUCCUCUUGACACCAAGAAGAUCAAGUCGAUUGCGUUGGUUGGUAGUGACAUCAAAAAUGGUGCUUCAGCUGUCAACGAUGCCAAAACUUGCGCCGAUCAUGGUUGUUCUGAUGGACAUCUUGCUCAAGGCUGGGGAUCCGGUACUGCUGAUUUCCCUUACUUGAUCGAUCCUCUUACUGGACUCACCAAUGCUCUUGGUAAGGGUGUCAAGAUCCAAUCUUCCACCGAUGACUGGGACCUCAAAAAGGCAGCCGAUGCCGCAAAGGGUGCUGAUGUCGCUUUCGUUUUUUCCACUGCCAACUCUGGUGAGGAGUACAUUGUUGUUGAUGGCAAUGUUGGCGACCGUAACAACCUUUCAUUAUGGAACAAUGGUGACAACUUGAUCAAGGCUGUCGCAGACGCCAACAAGAACACUGUUGUGGUUCUCCACACUGUUGGUAGUGUAUUAAUGCCUUGGAUCAAUCACCCCAACAUCAAGGCUGUCAUGAUUCCUGGUCUCGCCGGUCAAGAGUCUGGUAACUCUCUCGCCGACGUUGUUCUUGGCAAAGUCAAUCCUUCUGGUCGUCUUCCAUACACUAUCGCCAAGGAGAAUGAUGAUUACAAUGUGCAUCCUGAUCCCGCAGACCAUGUUCUCUACUCUGAAAAGCUGUUGGUCGGAUACAAGUGGUUUGAUCAUGCCAAGAUUGAGCCUCUCUUCCCCUUCGGUCAUGGCUUGUCUUACACCAAGUUUGACUACAGUGGAUUGAAGGUCAAGGCCAUGAAGAAGAAGGGCUCUGUCAGUGUCACUGCUUCUCUUUCUGUCAAAAACUCUGGUAAGCUUGACGGUGCUGAGGUUGUCCAAGCCUACAUUUCAUUCCCUGAGAGCGCUGGAGAGCCACCCAAGCUUCUUCGUGGUUUCGACAAGAAAACAAUCAAGGCUGGCAAGAUGGCUAAGUUUGAUUUUGAAUUCACCGAGACUGAGCUCAGUAUCUGGGAUGUUGACGCUGCUAAAUGGGCAGUUCCUUCUGGUAAGUUUACUCUCCAAAUUGGUGCCUCCAGCCGUGAUAUUCGUCAAACUGCCAGCUUCACUCUUUAA